UGCUGCGGACAGGACAGAAGCACCUAGAAUUAUAGCAGCCAAGUGUGGCCGUUGAUUUAGCUGCGCCGGGCCAGCGAAGGCAUUCGAUGGUGCCUGAAUGAUAACGGAGCAGGGUUUCUGAGCACCUCCCGCCGUCCAUCAACGUAAAUAAUCAAAACAUUUACUGCCCAAACGAAGCAAAAGUUGGGGGGAGGUCAGUGGAACAGCUGAUUAUACUGGCAACCCUACCCCCUCAAUUCCCUGGAGUACCUACACUCUUGCAUUAUCUGGACCGGACAUGAUGUGGUCACCAAGGCCCCUCCUACUGGCUGUAGUACUGUGCUCAGUGCUCUCUGUGGUGCGUGUAAAGACCGCCCCCUGCCAAGCCUGUCGCAAACUCACAGAGAACUUCAUGAAGGGUCUGGAACGAACGGCCAAUAAGAACUUUGGGGGUGGGAACACGGCAUGGGAGGAGGAGAAACUGGCCAAAUAUGCACGCAGUGAGACCCGGCUGCUGGAGAUUGUGGAGUCGGCAUGUGAGAGCUCAGACUUUGAUUGCAACAGACUACUGGAGCAGAUCGAGGACCAGGUGGAGACAUGGUGGUUCCACAGACAGGAAGAGGCACCAGAUUUGUUUGAGUGGUUAUGCAUUGAUGAACUCAGGCUGUGUUGUCCACCAGGGAGAUUUGGACCUGAUUGUGCUGAGUGUCCUGUGGGGCCUGGUGGGGUGUGUGGUGGUCUGGGGCGUUGUGAGGGGGAGGGGACACGCCUGGGGGGCGGAGAAUGCGUCUGUGACCCAGGCUACUCUGGCCAGCUGUGCCAGGACUGUGCACAUGGCUACUAUAGAGAAAAGACCUCCAAUCACACGCAGCCUUCCUGUUCAGCAUGCUACCAUGCCUGUAAGAAGUGCUCCGGGCCAGAGGACUACAAAUGCCUGGACUGCAAGCCAGGCUGGUCUCUUCAUGACCACAAGUGUGUGGACAUCGAUGAGUGUGGUACAGAACUGGCUCGAUGUCCCUCCAACACAUACUGCUUUAACACAGAUGGCUCCUACGAAUGCAGAGGCUGUGACCAGGCCUGCGUGGGCUGCAUGGGCAGUGGUCCAGCCCGUUGCAAGAAGUGUUCCCGUGGCUACAGACUGACAGGAGCCAAGUGCCUGGAUGUGGAUGAGUGCACUGAGCGAGCGAUUGCAUGUCCUGGUCUGAAUGAGGUCUGUGUUAAUGAGGAGGGGUCCUUCCGCUGUGAGUGUGCGGAGGGGUACCAGCGCAAGGACAGCAUCUGCGUAGAGAACCUGCCCCCUUCGGGCCCAGAGAAAGGCCUUUUUGAGGACAUGACGGAUGAUGAGGUGCUGGUUCUGCAGCAGAUGUUCUUCGGCGUGGUGAUCUGCGCCCUGGCCACGCUGGCUGCCAAGGGGGACAUGGUCUUUACCGCCAUCUUCAUCGGGGGCGUGGCCGCCAUGGCCGGAUACUGGCUGUCGGAGAAAGGGGACCGCAUGCUGGACGGAUUUCUGCGGGGACGCUAGCCUAUCGGGGGCCGGGGAAUCAGAGGUGGGGUGGGGAGGAGGAGUGCAGAGAAUGUGGGGAGUUUUGGGAAAGGGAGCGAAUGGCAUUGGGAAAAGGCAGGGAACAGAUACACUGGAAUGGGUGUGAGAGGUGGACUGUAACAAGCCCUCACCUGGAGAGGGCGUGGUCACUCACCCUUCUGCAGAAGCAGAGGGACUGGGCAGCCCCAGUGAUGGGGUGACACUGGGCUUUCAUCAUUUGUUGUAAUUAUGCAUUGCACUAGAGGUGAGGGAGUACUCCAAAAAUGCUGAAAAAUCAUCCCCCUACCCCCCGACAAAGAAAUUGUGCUUGAAACCUCAGGACUCAGACCCCCAUCAUCCCUUCUCCUGCCACCCCCCCCCCCCCCCCAGCCGCACACAAUCCUCUCCAUCCUAUUUCAAAUUUAGGAUUUUAUUUUGGGAGGUAGGGGGAAACGGGCAGAAGGCGCUGAAUCACUAAGGAGUGUCCCGACUUCUGCCACGCCUUGAAUUCUCUGCAGUGGAUUGUGGGGAAUCUCACCUGUGGCAGCUGUCAGCACGCAGAAUUUAGCAGGAAGGCAUGAGGGGACAGAAAACACGACGCUUCUGUUGUUCUCUUUUUUUGUGCGUUUCACAGAGGAAUUGCUGAAUGCAUGAGAUGUACUGUAUAAGGGCGCUGUGUUGUAGCCUCACGAGGAACACAGAAUGGUGUGGAUUUCCUGUCAUUUCCGUUUUUUUUUUACAUUUUCAGGCAGGAUUUUUAAUGCACAGUCUCUACAGCUUUGCCACCCAUAAUACCUACGGACAGCAGCAAUAUUGUGCGUGCGUGUAAAUGCGUGUGUGUGUGUGCGGGUGUGUGUGUGUGCGAGAGAAUAUGAUAUGAGCUUGUCGUGUGUGCAUCGGUCUUCAUGUAGUUGAAAGACGUGUGCCCCACCUGCACUGAAGGGGUUAUUUAUUUCUUAUUUAUUUUGUAGCCAUCAUGUUUUAAUUGUGUAUAAAGUUUAAGAGUUUUUAUUUUCCCCAGACAUAUCUUUGCAAUUGUACACUGCUUCUGUACAGUAGGCCCAUGUGCAAACUGUCAUAUGGUAUAUUGUUCUCUCUAAGGUCACCCUGUCUUGUGUUCAGUGAGAAAUUUCCCACUUUUACAUUCUAAAUGAAUUGUCUGCUGUUUAGUGGAUGUGUGCGGUUAGUGAAAGGGCUUUUCAGUCAUUAUUUUCCAGCAGCAUGGAUUUAAACUGCCAUCUUCCCACCUCUCUCUUUUGUCGGCCUGUCUGUCAGUAGCAACGAUGACAUUUUUCCAUAUUGUCCAUGUUUAUCAGUAAUUGCAGCUCACUAAAUCUAGUUCAUUUUCGUCCACGCUCAACUGGCAAUCUAUGAGGAUUACACAGUUAAGCGAAGAUGUGCCCAAUGUAUUUUACCUCACUAGUCACUUACCUCACUGAGCUGUGCGUGUGCGGCGUGCCUGUGUGUAUGCAUGUGCGUGUGUGUGCGCGUACGUGUGUGCGUGCGUGUGCGCCCGUGUGUGUGCGUGCCUGUGCGUGCCUGCGUGUGUGCGUGGGUGUGCGCCCGUGUGUGUGCGUGCGUGCGUGCUCACGUGCGUGUGUGUGUGUGCACGUGUGUGUGCGUGCCUGCGUGUGUGUGCAUGUGCGCCUUUCAUCCGUCCGCUCCUUUAAGACGCACUCCUCUGGCCGUGUCUGUCUGUGAGCUGCGCUCUACCUGUGGCCAGGUCUUUGUAAUUAUGCCAUUAGCUAUACCUGUAAAUUAUUGACAAUGUGAAAACCACCUGCAUCUUUCUUGGCCUGCUGUGGUGCUUUACGUAACCUGUACACAUACGUCAGGAAAAUUGCACUUCUUUACAUUAUUAUCAUUAUUAAAAAAGAAACUUUAUCAUA